AUGAUUAUCUCACCUAAAGCACUCAAAUCAAUCCAAAAUGAAGAAGAAUACAAACUUGUCGGUUAUCAUCAAGAUCGUCAAACAAACUUAAUAGUUUUACAAAAGAGUUACUUAAACGAACUAGAUUCUAGUUCUUCCAACCAGGUGUGGAAUUCUAUUAAAUCAGAUAUUGAUAAUAAUGUUGAUUUUGAUUUGAAAGUAAUUAGCGGGUAUAAUUACAAAGAAAUGAUUGAGCGUAUUAAUUCGGAAAAUGAACUAAGCUUAAACAAUUCAGUCAUUGAACAGUUUGAAACUGAACAAAAGUUUAUUCAUGCAUCAAGAGAUUUCUUUACAAAAUUAAUGCAAUUCAUUCAAUCACACAAACCAGAUAUUGGAGGAAUCAACAAUAAUGAGCAUUUUCCAAAUGGUAAAAAGAUCGAAGAAUACUACCAAAAGCAAAAGCAAGUGUCCGAUGAAGAACUUGCAAAGAUAGAUACAGAAGACUUAUUGCAUAAAUAUGGUCAUUUGCCUGUUUAUGGUGGCCAUCUUAGGGAACAAUAUUCUGAAGAAGUUGUAAGAACUAAAGAAUACUUGUCUUUAUUCAUUACUUUAAGUCAACAAGAAAAAGACAGUUUGAGAAAUUCUCAUAAUGCUUUUGUUCAUAAUAUGAUGACUCAAUACUCUGACGAAUUAUUGCAAUUUAAUAAAUUCAACGAUUUUAUGAAGGGUGACGGUAUCGUUUAUUUAGGAGGUGGUAGCUAUAACCAAUUAGUCUUGGUUUCUCUCAGAAUUCUUCGUGAAAAUAAAUCUAGAUUGCCAGUUGAAGUUCUUAUGCCUUAUGAACAGGAUUAUGAUCAAGAAUUUUGUCACCAUAUUUUACCAACCUUGAACGCUAAAUGUAAGCUUAUGACUCACUACUUGCCCAAGAGUUUUAUGGAUAACGUUGGUGGUUUCCAAUUAAAGAAUAUCGCCCUUUUAGUCUCUUCGUUUGAAAGAGUUCUUUACAUUGACUCAGAUAAUAUUCCAAUUAAAAAUCCCGAUUCGUUCUUUGUGAAUAAACCGUUCACAAAUAAGCAUUUGGUUAUGUGGCCAGAUUUGUGGAGAAGAUCAACUUCACCAACUUUCUAUGAUAUUGCAGGUAUCCCGGUUGAUGAUACUUUCCAGGCUCGCAAUUCAUAUGCAAAAGGUGAUCCUCGUGGAAUUAAUGAAGAUACCAGCAAAAUUUCCUAUCAUGAUCUUAAAGGUGCUAUUCCAGAAGCAAGUUCGGAAACCGGGCAAAUUUUAAUUAACAAGAAAGUCCAUUUCCAAACCUUAAUCUUAGCAAUGUACUAUAACUAUUAUGGUCCUGACUUCUUCUAUCCAUUGCUUUCCCAAGGUGCUGCUGGUGAAGGUGAUAAGGAAACAUUUAUUGCCGCUGCUCAUAAAUUAAAUUUACCUUAUUACCAGGUUCAGGAAUUCUGCCGUGAAUUGGGACCUGUAGAUCCAAACUCCAAAAAACAUAAUAUAUUUGCUAUGGGUCAAUAUGAUCCAAUAAUUGAUUAUAUUCAAACUGGUGAAGAUCCAAGUGUUGAAAACCACGCCCAAGGUUCUAAGCAACACGUGGUUGAUUACUACAGUGAAUCAACUUUGAAAUACCCUAAACAUAUGAAGGACACUAGUAUGUCAAACUACGAUUUUCAUUACUUCAAAUCCUCGUCACUAGCUUUCUUACACGCAAAUUGGCCAAAAUUGUAUCUUCAUGUAUUCUCAGAUCAAGACAGAGGUCCAAUUAUCAAAGAAGGAGAAAGAAGAAGAUUGUAUGGUAUGGAAAUGCUUAACGAAUUAUCAGGGUACGAUUUUGAAUUGCAACUCACCAGAGGUGUUUACAGCACAUUCUGUAUUAAACCUUAUCUUAUUAUAAGCAAGGGUGAUCAUGCAGAUGAUAGAGAUAAGAUAUGUGAAAAUAUUAACGCGCAAAUUCAAUUUUUGGAAAAGAACUAGAGAUAAUUUAUAUUAGACUAAUAAUUACAAAACUUGGGAGAUAUAUCUAGUGUAGUUCUGCAGUUAAGUCACCUUGCUAUUGAAGCAAGGAACAAUAACUCGUGAUUUAAUACACAGUACUCUCUAUUCAAAAUGUAAAUAUCUAUUGGUUGUAUAUAGCUUGAUUUUAGAUCUUCUGACUAAAUGUUGAUUCUCAUCAGGAUACUCAUAUAUUCUACAUGAAUUUCCGCAAGCAACAAUAACCACAAUAUCAAAUUAUUGCUAAUUACUUUUAUAUAAUAUAUUCAUGUAUUGUAAG